UAACGCGAAAACAAUGGCGUAUGAACAGCCGUCAGGAAGAACUGGUCAUGUUGCAGUCUUUUAUAAGAAUUGUAUGCUUGUUUGGGGAGGAUAUAAAGUGAAUUUUGUUCCUCAGGAAGCUGCAAAUGUGAAUAACAACAGAUAUCUUCCAGGUUCAGAAUUAUGGAUAUAUGAUCCACUUACAGAAAAAUGGUUAUUAAAAAUAUGUCAUGGAACCCCACCACCGGGUACCUCUGGUGCUACUGCUGUUAUGGUAUCAGAUUACAUGUAUUUAUUUGGAGGUUAUUGUGAUAAUGGAAACACUAAUGAUUUAUACAGGCUUAAUUUAGAAACUCUGGAAUGGACUUAUAUUGAACCCAAGGGAUCUCCUCCAACCCCAUCUGAUAAAAUGGUUGGAUGGGAAUACAAAGAUAAAAUUUACUUUUUUGGUGGAUUUGGUGUUUUGCCAACUUUUGGAAUUAAGAAACAACCUGAUUUUCAAUUUGUGUUAGAUCCAACAACUCCCUGGAUGUAUAGAAGAGGUUGGAACAAUCAAUUAGUUAUGUUUGAUACAGAAAAGGGUAUUUGGAGUUGGCCAGAAUACAAUGGACCUGUGCCAGAUGCUCGUGCAGCUCAUGCAGCUUGCCGUGUUGGACAUUUUGUUUAUAUUUUUGGUGGAAGACAUCAACAUGUUCGUCAAAAUGAUACUCAUUGCUUGAAUUUGGAAACUAUGACAUGGAGUGGAAAAUUGUCUACAUUAGGCCCACAACCUCAAGGUAGAUCAUGGCAUAGUUUGACAACAAUUUCACAAGAUGUGAUUCUUCUGUAUGGAGGUUUUAGUCAACAUAAUGAGCCUUUGAGUGAUUGUUGGCAAUUGAAUAUAUCAACUCUAACCUGGUUACAAGUGGAUUUAUCUUUUACAAAGCCUCGAUUGUGGCAUACUGCAUGUCUUACUUCAUAUGGAGAAGUAAUUAUUUAUGGUGGUUGCACAGAGAAUAUUCUUAAUCGGACAAUUGUAGCAGUUUGUUAGAUCAUUACUUCCAGUUGGAUAAUAGAACAUCAUGUGGUCACUAUGGAAAGUUUUUAAAAAAAAAUUUAUUGUAAAAGCAAAAUGAUGUAGGUAUUUUUUUUAAAUUUAAUAGAUUUAAAAUUAUACCAUUUGCCAAAAUAUUUAAAAAUGAAACUUCAGGUAAAUGGCAUCACCAAUAUCACUGGAAUGUAAGUGAUAUCACUGAGCUGAAGUUGAUAAAACCUUUUUUAUAGCUAAUAUUUCUGCAAAUUAAGUAGCCUCUAUUUUUUGUUGGAACAUAAAAAGAAUAUAAACAAAAUUUUACCUGAACUGGACAAAAAUAGUAGUUAUAGGGAAUUCACAAACAUACACACAGAUGAUGUCUUUUAUAAUAUUAAUUGAGAUGAGUCUAUUGAUAAUGUCUCCACUUCAACAGCUACUUCAUUGUGCAUCUCUUUGUGUUCACUAAUAGAAGAACUUCAUUUUAGACUCAUUAUAAAACAGCAAUUUUACUUACAAAUAUUCUUCAUAAAAUUGAUUGAAAAACAUGAAAAUUUCAUGAAAAAUAAAGAUUUUCCACAAUCUUUCCUUACUACCACAUCAAAAAUCUCCAAAAUAGCAAAAACCUAUAAGAUGCAAUGUUUCCAGUAACUAGUCACAUGCUAAUGAGAACAAAUCCAUUAAGGAUUUGCUAUUGCUGGGGAGCAGUGAAAUUAAGCUGUUAUCAACAAUUUCACUCACUGUAUUUUCUGUGGACAAUACAUAAAAUUUUGAAAUAAAAAGCUUGUAAAAUACUGUUGUGUGGACUAUAGAUAAGGACAGACUAUUAGCAAGAGAAUAGGGUAACUAUUUUAGGUUCCCCAUUAAUGCAGAGUAUAGUUAGUAAAAUUUAUCAGUUAUAUUAUUUAAUAAUUUGCAAUUAAUGCAACACACAAACAAUCAUGAAAUGAUUUAAAGUAUAUUGUUAGCUGAUUGAUUUAUAAUUACUUUGUCUGCUGACUUAAAUGCGAGUUUGUAAUUCAUUUUAUUCAGUUAAUGGUUUAAUAAAAACAACAAUCUAUGUAAUAAAGUAAAAAGUCAGAAAAAAGUUUAAAUAUUUUUGUUCUUAUUUCUUAGCACAAAUUAUUUAUAGUCAGAUCAUUUUUGAAGUUAGAAUGACGUAUG